AUGCACACGCUGCAGGCGCUGAUCUACCCGAUCUCGUCGACGACGCCCCACCGCUUCUCGCCGUGGACGGCGACGUCCCCGACCUACUGCUACGAGUGCGAGGGGCUGCUCUGGGGGAUCGCGAGGCAGGGGGUCCGAUGCUCCGAGUGCGGGGUCAAGUGCCACGAGAAGUGCAGGGACCUGCUCAAUGCGGACUGUCUGCAACGGGCGGCGGAGAAAAGCAGCAAGCACGGCUCGGACGACAAGACCCAGACCAUCAUCACCAUCAUGAAGGAACGGAUGGAGAAACGGGAACGCGACCGGCCGGAAAUCUUCGAGCUCAUCCGGACGGUGUUUGGCGUGGAAGAGAAGAACCAUAUAGGGCACAUGAAAGCGGUGAAAAAGUCCGUGUUAGAGGGCACUAGCAAAUGGUCGGCAAAGAUUGCCAUCACAGGUGAUUGA